GUGGCGUGGCACGGGGCGGGGCCGUCUCCAGGGGAACGUGACGCUUUCCGCUAGCCUGGACUCCACUGCGUGGGCGUCCUGCUGGUGGCCUCGGUGCCCGCUGGUGCUAGUUCUCCGAGCUCGGGUUCGGAGAACAGACACGGAAGGUGGUGGCUUCUAGGUCCCCCUGGACUACGCAGCCUCAAAGGCUUACAGCUCCAGAGGCGCACUGGAGGAGCAGGACGGCCAGUCCCCUGCUGCCAAGGGACUGGACAGUUACGCCUUCUUCACCGAAAGGUGCAGGGGACCCUCGGGCAGGGAGGUCAGACCAUGACCCAGGGGCCAGAAUUAGCCAGGUUUCACAGUUGGGGACAGACUUAAAAAUCACUAAAUAUUUUACAAAAACUGGUCUCUGUAAAGAGAGAAAAGCCUCAAAAUUGUAUUAACAAGCACUGAGGGAAAUGUCAUAUGUUAUGGGUGACUGGAAUCCUAUGCCCCAACUCGCUGCUCCCUUUUAGCCUGCAACACUGCCUGCCGGUCCAUUUCACUUCCUAGUACAUGGAAGGAACUGUUCCCCAAGUUGACACAGCUCCCUUACUGCUGUGUUGUUAACAGUAAGGGCUACUUUGGGUCAAGGACUGCCCCAGAGCCUUAUCUGUAGCAUCUCAUGAAAUCUACCUGCAACUGACCCUAUCAUACCUGUGUUUGUGUGGAUCCAAGGCCUCUGGACCCCAGCAUCCUCAAGUUGAAGCUCCACCCCAGUGUGAUGGUCUUCAGGGGUGGACCUUGGGAGAUGAGUGGGUUGAGGUGAGGACAGGAGGGUGGGGCACUAUGACAGGAUCUGUGCCUUAUAACAAGAGGAAAACAGCCAGAGCACUCGCUACUCACCCUCUCUCUGCCACUGAAGUCACUUUGAGAAGGUGUCAUCUGUCAGCCAGGAAGAGAGCGCUCACCAGGAACCAAGUCCACUAGCUUCAUGACCUCCGACUUCCACACUUUAAACCUGGAUGGGACAGUGCCCCCCAGAGACGAAGGUGAGGAGUCUGAGGGCCCCCUGAAGGAGCAGAGCCUGAAGGGGACCUACAUCCAGCUUGUCCAAGGGGUGCAGGAGUGGCAGGAUGGCUGUGUCUACCGAGGGGAGUUUGGGCUCCACAUGAAGCUUGGAUAUGGUGAAUUCUCUUGGCCCACGGGUGAAUCCUACCACGGGCAGUUUUACCGGGAUCACUGCCACGGCUUGGGCACCUACAUGUGGCCUGACGGCUCCAGUUUCACGGGCAUGUUUUACCUCAGCCACCGAGAAGGCUAUGGCACCAUGUACACGAAGACCAAACUUUUCCAGGGGCUGUAUAAAAUGGACGUUCGGUUUGGGCCGGGCGUGGAGACCUACCCCGAUGGCAGUCAGGACGUGGGGCUGUGGUUCCGGAACCAGCUCAUCAAGCUGUGCACAAAGACUCCCAGCAGCUUCUCCCUGCUCAACUUCCCGGAGUUCUCCGCCUUUCUGGGGCACUCGAGAGAGAGAAUCAGCCUCUCGGAUGAGCAGAAGGCCCAGUGGGGCCUGCCCGAAGAGCAAGACCCCUUCUUCUACGAGUACAAACGGUUCCUCCUGAAGGACGACCUGGCGCUUCCUCCAGAGAUGCACGUCUACUCCACCGACCACAGACACCUGCCGCUGACGGCUGCGCUCGCCAGGGAGCUGGACGCCCGCGUCUUCGCGAACGAGAUCCCACCCUUUAUUGAGGAUGGAGAACCCUGGUUUAUCACAAACCAGACUCCAUUGUUGGUCAAAAUGCAGACGCAGACUUACAAGUUCAGGAACAAGAAGGCUCAUACCAGCUGGCACAUGGAUGCCAUCCUGGAAGGGCAUCGCGAGGGCUUUGCACGCUCUGGACCUAGGGAGCGGCUUUCUAAAGAGAUGAUCCUGAAGGCCGAGGAAGGGGACCUUGAUUGGAUCUAUGGAACCCUGAAGGACGACCUCGUCCAUCCCGACGUGGCCGACGCCAAGGGCUACACUGUGCUUGCGGCUGCUGCGGCACACUGUCACAGCCGCAUCGUCAGCCUUCUCCUGGACCUCGGGGCGGACGUGAACAAGCGCACAGACGAGGGCCUCACGGCGCUCAGCAUAAGCUUCCUCCUCUACUACCCCAGUGGGUCCUUCAAGCCCAACGUCGCCGAGAGGACCUUGCCCCAGGCACCUCCCAAAUGCCCAGUCACCCCAAGCUGUUUUCUGGAUGUGAACGUGGAGCCUGUCCAUGAGGCCAGCAGGCCCGCCCAGGGCCUCGAGGAGGGCAGCCUGUCCCCGAGUGCACAGCCGUCUCCAGAGUCCCCAGGCCAGCAGGGCAGCCCUCCAAGGCAGGAGUCGCCCGCCGUGCAGGGCAGCGCCAGCGACAGGGACAGAGAGCUGGGGGAGAAGGCCGAAGACCUGGGUGUGUGCACCCUGAGCAGCGAGGACUCCAACUUCCAGUCCAUGGCCUCUAUGUACAACUAUGCCCUCCGGCUGUCCAGAGAGGUCUUGGAGAGGAGCGCCCAGGCCUACAGCUUGCUGCGGGUGCCCUGCAUGGACAAGGGCACCGUGUGGAGGAUGGCACAGGGCAUAAUCAAACAGAGAAACCGGUGGCUGACCAUCCAGCUGCUGCUGCGCCGCGGUGCUGACCCCAACCUGUGCAGCGUGCCCAUGCAGGUGCUGUUCCUCGCGGUGAAGGCGGGCGACGUGGACGGCGUGAAGCUGCUGCUGGAGAAGGGGGCCCGCACGGACGUCCAGUACCCGCCGCAGCUGGGGGCGCUGACCCCGCUCCACAUCGCUGCUGCCCUUCCCGGGCAGGAGGGGGUCAGGAUCACAGAGCUGCUGCUGCAUGCCAUCACCUGUGUGGACGCCCAGGCCGCUGACGCGGACCACACGUACAAGCUCAACAAGAUGGACCUGCCACCCUCAAGCCUGAAGCUCAACAAUGAACCAGGCCCACCCAGCACCUACUAUACCACGAACACCUGUGUCCCCAUAGAGGGCGGCAGGACAGCUCUGCACGUGGCCUGUGAGCGGGAGGACAACAAGAAGUACGCUAGGGACGUGGUCCAGCUCCUGCUCUCCCAUGGAGCGGAUUCCAACCUGCUGUGGAGUGGCCACUCCCCACUCUCCCUCUCCAUCGCUAGUGGGAAUGACCUGAUCGUGAAGGAACUCCUGUCCCAGGGAGCUGACCCCAACCUGCCCCUGACCAGAGGCUUGGGCAGUGCCCUGUGUGUCGUGUGUGACCUGGCCUACGAGCACCAGAGGAACGUGGACAACAAGAUAGCACUGAUCGACCGGCUCAUUAGCCACGGGGCUGACAUCCUGAAGCCCGUGAUGCUCACACAGGGUGACAGGGUGGCCGUGGGCACAGCGGUGGACUACGGCUACUUCAAGUUCUACCAGGACCGGAAGAUCGCCCACUGCCCCUUCCACGCGCUGAUGCCCACGGAGAGGGAGACGUUUCUGGCCCGGAAGAAGCUGCUGGAGCACAUGGGUGUGCAGCUGCGGCAGGCCGUGCUCACCAGGGAGCAGCAGUGGGACGCCAGGGCGCUGCAGCUCAGCAGGAAAGAGGAGCUGGCCCCCAGCCACAGGCUGAAGAAGAGGAACUCCAUUGUGGCGAAGAUCCCAGCCAAGGAGGAGCAGGAGAACCUCCCCUUCUUCAAGUUCUGCUACCAGUGUGGCCGCUCCAUCGGGGUCCGCCUCACACCCUGCACCCGCUGCUAUGGGAUCCUGACCUGCAGCAAGUACUGCAAGGCCAGAGCCUGGACCGAGUUCCACAGGAAGGACUGCAGUGACAUUAUGGCCACAGGUAGGCCAGAGGCCAGGCAGGCGUCCGAGAGCCCUUCCCAGAACUUCAGCAGCACCCGGGCCCUUUCUAAGGCUCCUUGGGCCAUGGCACGUCCCCAUCCCCACAGAGCUGGGCCUGCUCUGCUGACCCCUGGGCUCUGUUCUCAGGGGUCAGGAGCUCUCCUGGACACCAGUCCCCAGAGACCACAGUCCAUGGGCCUCUGGUCAAUUUCUCCCUCUCAGACAUCGUGGCUCUGUAAAGGUGGACAGGUGUCUUCUGGAAUCAGCCUGGUCUGCCCACCCCACCCUGCCUUGGUGCCAUCAGGGCCAGCAGAGGGAGGGGCCCUGUGCCACACCAGGAGGGGGGGUCCAAAGGGAGCAGAGACUGGAGCUGUCUCUGAGCUGCCCAUGGGCCCUGCCCUGGCACACUACUUUGAGUCCAUGUGCUGAACACCUUCAGGUCAUCCCUCAUAAAGUGGGACUUCUAGUGAUGGCCCCUGCUGGUGCACGCAGAAGUGGGCCCUUCCGUUUGCAGACCUGGCUGCAGACAGCUCAGGAAACACUGGCCAGAGCACACAGGGCCACUGCAGGUCCCCCUGGGGGGCUCCAGCACUCCCCUGCUGGGGGGGAAUGGCGCAGCAGCCCUUUGACCCAGGUGGCAAGGCUCCGUGGACACUGAGCCAAGCUGAGUCCCCAGUCCUGGGCCUGGCCUCCCUGGGGCUGGUCCAGGCCCCCCGCAGCGCCUCUUCCCCCUGCAGCAUCCCGCUGGAAGGAUGUGUUCAGGGAGGCAGAAGACGGUCAGUGAAGGGGCAGCACUGGACCUGGGCCAGGCGGGGCAGGGCUGUGCCCACGUCUCACUGCCUUGGGCCACCUCCAGGCUGCUGGCCCCUGUGGGAGCUGAUACAGGAAGUCACUGAGGCGCCUUGCUCAAUAAAGUGGCCCCCCGCAAGCUC